AUGGCUCUAGCCAUAAGAAGAUAUAAUGAUAUUCUCUGUGCAACAAAAUGGUUUAUUAGAAGAGAUUGCCGUGUCUUUUCAACAUUACCAGAAACCGUAGAACAAUAUCCGAAACCCCAAGUUGUGAAGGAACAGAGGUCUUCAAGAAUUAGGGCUAAUGCAAGUAAUCCUAAGUUGGCCUACCGACAAAUUUACCCUGAAUUCUUACCAGACCCUAACCCUAAAUGGAGAAAUAGUCUAAGAGAGAAACUUGAAAGGGCUGAUAUGCUAAAACGCCGUAGCCAGAUUGAUAUACCAGAGUUCUAUGUUGGUUCAAUCUUAGCUGUGACUGUGGCGGAUCCACAUGCCCAAGGCAAGGUUACCAAAUUUGUUGGCAUUUGUAUUGAAAGGAAAGGCUGCGGCCUGAGAGCAGAGUUUACACUCAGGAAUGUUGUUGAUCAUCAGGGUGUUGAGGUAAGAUAUGACCUUUACGAUCCAACAGUUCAGAAGAUCCAGGUUCUCCGCCUUGAAAAGCGCCUUGAUGACAAACUGUUUUACUUGAGAGAUGCUCUACCUGAGUACAGCACAUUCGCCUUUGAUAUGGAUCCUGAAAUAUUGCCCGAAGGAACACCAGUACCAGUUAAUGCAGUUCAGGUAAUACUCAAACCAAGACCAUGGUUGGAAAGAUGGGAGAGACAAGAGUUAAAAGGAGUUGCUAACAUUGAGGAACAUCUGAAGGAAAAAGAUAGAGUAAGAAGGGAGCUAAGAGCUACUCCUUGGGAGAAAUACGACUUGAUGAAAACAUACAGGAAAACUAUCCCAGUGGAAGACCAGAACAAAAUUUGGGCUGAAGUCAAUAGUCAGCUAGAACAACUCCAACUAACACGCAAGAAGAUGUCAAGAAAACGCAUUUUUAACACCCCUAAAGUACAACUGGGUUAA